AUGCAGCCCGCAUCGUCACGGAAUCGACAACUCGGACCAAAUGAUGAUCCCCUCUUGCACUACGGAAAGUCAAUGAAGCCAGGUCUCUUUUUCUCAGUCCUGCAGACGCCUUCACACUGUCGCAGCAUGGCGGUAUUUUGUGCCCAAGAUGUAUUCACACCAUAG